GAUAAUAUAACAAAAUAAUAUGAAACGAUAAUAAUAUAAACUUUUUCUCUAGAAUCCAAGAAGACAUGACCUUCAUCAACACUCAGCAAAGACGGCAAAUAUUCAGAUUGAGAGACGGGCGCUCUGGAAACAGUCGUCAGAGCAGCUCAGAGAACGAGCAGAAGUAUUCGGAUCCUCGGCCCUGGAGCAGCACAGAUUCAGACAGCUCUCACAGAAACCUGAAGCCCGCCAUGACCAAAGCCAACAGCUUCAGCGGCAUCAGUCUGCUGAUCCGAGGAGACAGUACAGCAAGCAGCAAGAGCACGGGCAAACUGUCCAAAACCAGUUCAGACUCUUCUAGUAGCGUAGGCUCUUCUUCCGGGUCUCUCUCUCGGCCUGCUCAGCUGUCGUUACCGGGCCCGGUUCGGCCCUUCACCAUGGCCCCUGUGGCCCCUCAUCCCUCUGCACCCAUAGGGGGCAGCGCAGCCUCUCAGAGCAGCACUACUAACGCUAACAUUAACGCUAACGCUAGCUUCUACAUCGUUCCUCUGGACGCCAGCGCCAUCCCGCCGGGCAGCGUCCUGCUCAAUCCACAGACAGGUUUGUGUUACGCAGGUCAGCCGUUCGUCAACCCCGAUGGAAGUCCUGUGGUUUAUAACCCUGCGAUGACAUCACAGCAGGGGCGAGGCCAGCAGCACAUGACUUUACAUCCUGCCCCGCCCCCUCCUCCACCUCCACCUCUUCCCCCUCCACCUCAGCCGGCCAAUCACCUUCUAGCGCAGUCGUCUGCUCCGUCUGUUCAGUUUGCUGCGGCGGCUGCAGUCUCUUGUCCUCCUCUCCUGCCUCCUCCUGCUCCUCCUGCUGCUUUCACUCAGCAAUACACUGUGCAACAGGACGGUUUGAGCGCUCAGUUCAGUCACAUGAAUCUGGUGCGCCAGGCUUCAGGAGAAGCUCCCGAUCCACACACAGGCCUUUACCCGCAAUCCCUUCUGCUGCAGAACAAUCAAGCCCCGCCUCCUGCCCCACCCCCUCCUCCACCUCCACCAACCGGAUACAUGAUUUCCUCUGCCGGACAGACCAUAAGCCCCGCCUACCAGCACCACACAGCUGUCAAUCAAACCGUCCUGCAGCCACACGCGUACAUGCAGACGCCCCUGCAGCAGGUGUCGGCGUGUUACUGUGCUCCGGGUCAGUUCUCUCACUCGACUCAACACUACAGAACAGGGCCACCGGUUCACUACAGCGCCACCCAGAGCCAAACACUGGCACCACAGCAGACAGGUUUUCAGACAGUCAUGCCUCCCCAAGCCCCCAGUUACCAGAGCAUGAUGGGAGUUCAGCAGAACCAGAACCAAUCGCUGGUCAGCUCUCAGGGAGGACUGACCAAUCAGAUUCAGAGCGUCAUGGUGCAAUAUCCCACAAUGCAUCCGUACCAGGUGUCUGUUCAGCAAGGUUCUCAGAGUGUUCCUCAGGCAGCCUAUCAGCAACAGAUCAUGUUGCAGGGACAGACCAAUCAGACGCCGGCGCCCUCUGCCAGCAUGCAGGUGUAUUACAGCAUGAUGCCACCGACGCAGCACUCGAACAUCAGCUCAGCUGUCGGUUUCCUCCCUCAUCCGGGUUCAGAGCAGAUGUCAUUUCCCCGCGCUCCCUCGCCCUGCGGCUCUCAGCCAAUCACAGCACAGCAGUGCACAGCUGUGCCUCCGCCUCCCCCUGCUGGUGGAGUAGUGAUGAUGCAGUUGAGUGUUCCUCCCAGCCAGCAGCCCAGAGCCCCAACACCACCUCACUGGAAACCCACCCGCUACUACAAACCCAGCGAUAUUCCUCCGCAGGACGCCACACAGAAUAAUCCGCAGCAGCUGCUAAGCCCCUCCCCAUCUCCAGCACAGUCACCUGCUCCCGCCCAUCUGGCUAAUCUGAAGGGUCCUCGUCCAGGCCAUGCCCCCUUCUCCAUCAUGCCCCAGUUUUCCCGCCCUUAUGCUCCAGCUCCAGGUCAAGGUGACGGCAGGUAUCCUCCUCUGAUCGGGCAGCCGCUUCAGUAUAACCCUCCCAUCAGACCCCCACUAAUGCACGGCUCUCAUGUGGUCAACCACCACCAUCAUCACCAUCUUCAUCACCACCAGGGGCCUGUGGGUGUUCGGCACGGCGGCCGCCCUCGAAGACCCGCAAAGAAAACACUGUCUACUGACAUGAGCCAAGGAGAGAUGGACACGGGCCGUGUUUUGGAGGUGACUGAUCUUCCGGCUGGCAUCAGUAGAGUGGAAGCCGAAACUUUAUUGGCAGAGCUAAGCAAAGUCGGCGCCGUCAUCACAUGGUUGCCCGAACCUCUGUCCCCAAAUCAACCAGAGGGAGCGGAAGUUACGAACACUGAGCCUACCAAACCGCCCCAUCAUGACCUGGCGUCCAAAUACACCAUCCUGGCCUUGUUCCCCUCGAAAUGCGCAGCACAGAACACGCUCCACAAACUUAACAGCUCCAUCACCAAAUUCAGACUGAGAACUAGCAAGGCACAAAAUGAACAGCACACGCUCGCCAGAUCCAGCUCUCAAUGAGGCCACUCCCCCUGCCCGCUCUCCACCAAUCAGUACCAUCGUCUCACGCUCACUUCCUGCCAUUUCAGUCACGCCAUUUUUCUUUUUCUGUUCGUUCAUUUUUCGCACCACUACGGCUUGAUCGAAACGGGUUUGUUACUUUCGAAUGGGUUUUUCACUGUAGUUUGUUAAAAAAAAUGGAAAAAAACAACGCAAAAAUUUCAAAUUUGUUCUUUCGCGGUUUCAGAUCAAUUUAAUCGAGCUUGUUUAAACGAAACCAAAAUGCUUAUUUUUUAAUAGAUCAGGAUUGCAAGGCUGAAACCGAAGCAUGUUGUUUUGGGGUUUUUUUGUUUUGUUUGUUUUGUUUUUAUUGCAUCACUUCAUAUUGUUCGUACGAAGAAAAAAAAACCUUGCAUUUCGUUUAAAACGAAAGGAAACCAAACUGACCCAUGAACAUGAAGACAGGACAAGGGAACACUUCGACCUGUGCCUUCGCACUGUUUACGCCGAACAACGACGAAGCCAGAAAAACGUCGUCCAAAAAUUCGUAAUUUAUACUGUUUGCAGCAUCCAAAAAAGCAAGUCAUUUAUUCUGGGCUGUCCAGUUUGUCAGACUGAGUGCUUUUUCUAAGUUUUAACUUAAUUUAAACAUUGACAGAAACGGCGCCGCGGCCAACAACGAAGGUUUUAUCGCUCUCUUUCUCUGUGUGUUAUGACGGACAGCAGUCUAUUUCUGGGUUUUUACAAUAUUCUUAACUCAUUCAGAGUCACUGGAAUAAAAGUUUGCACUCUUUCUCACGUCUUUCCCCCAUUUUCUUUCUCUCUCUUGCAAUUUUUUUCCCCCACUUUAUUUUAUUUUUGUUGCGAGAUGUGUGGACUAUGAAAGGCUGUACAAUGUUUGCUGGUGCAAGUUGUUUUUAUCUCAGUUUGAAACCAAUAAAUGUUUACACAUAACGGUU